AGCCCGACUCCACAAGGUGAGGCCACACUGUGGAUGACUUGUUGACAAAAACCAGACGAGACAGCUUCAGAGCGUCAGACUGACGGACGGACGGAGAGACGGUCCAGCAGAUGCCAGAUGGAGGAAGAGUCACAGUUCAUCUGAGAUCUUCCCCUCAAACUCAUUCACAGCCGACUGUGUUCCAUUAACAGCCAACCGGAGCGAGGGAAGGCGGGCGGGAGAAGGUAAAAUGAGUCACUGUAAGGCUGAAGUGAAGGAGAAAGGGAUGGAGGGAGGAGGGAGAGAGGUAUAAUUAUGGUAGGACGCAAGGAGAGGAGAGAAGAGCAGCGGAGGGAGGAGAAGAGAGGGAGUCCAGCCCACUCCGCUCAAAACCACUCAACUGGUGAACGAGAGAGUGCUUUCACUGUGACGGAGGGAGAGAGGGAGAGAGGAACUCCCGUCGCCUGGGAUAACUUGGUCCAACACACUCUGAGACGAGUCAGUCUGCAGCUGCUGCACCCGGGAACACGGAUCCUCCUGCAGCUUUUCCUUCAUCCAUUCAUCACAUCCCAGUUUCUCUCGUUUUCUUCUUUCUUCUCCUCUUUUUCUUCUUUCUUUCUUUCUUUCUUUCUUUCUUUCUUUCUUUCUUUCUUUCUUUCUUUCUUUCUUUCUUUCUUUCUUUCUUUCGUGUGACGCCUCCACGUUUUGCUGCCAUCUGUCCGUGACAAAAAGAUAAGGAUUACUCAUUUUCUCCCUCGCCGUUUUUUCUCUCUCGUGUCUUUGCAGCUUUUUUCUUCGGUUUGGCAGGUGGACUGUGAGCUGAGCUGAACUUUACAGCUCCUAAACUUCUGAGAGAGGACGGACAAAGACACGGAGACGAGGCAGAACAACCAAGGGACUCUCUCCUCACUUUAGACUCGUUUCUCUAACUUUGACUCUAAAAGUGGACUUUCCUGUGUUUGAGGGUUGGUCUGCAUCCCACAGCCUCAUCACAUCAGACCCUCGGGAUCUCCUGACGCUAUGUCUGUGGUACGGUUCUUCAGCUGGACCCUGCUGGUCCUGGUCCUGGUCCAGAGCUGUGGCUCAUCCUCAGACCAGGUGUCCAGACUCCAGCCCAUGUCCCUGACUGUCCACCAACAGGGACUGGACGCCGCUUCCCACUGUCCGUCCUGUGCCUUAGCCCGGAUGCGGAGGAAUGAAGAGGUGAUGGAGGUGGACGACGCGGCGGUGACCUACAAGGAGGAGAAGGAGGCUCAGCAGGAUGUGGUGGAGGCGGUGAAGAGACACAUCCUCAACAUGCUGCACCUGCAGGCCCGGCCCAACAUAACCAGGCCGGUGCCACGCGCCGCACUCCUCAAUGCCCUGCGUAAGCUGCACGUGGGGCGAGUGGCAGAGGACGGCAGCGUGCAGAUCGAGGGGGAGGAGGAGGCGCGAGGGAGGGGAGGCCAGGGAGGAAGAGGGGGAGGAGCAGGGAUGGCGGCAGGCAGCAGAGCUGGAGACGACAGCGAAGCUCAGGAGACGACAGAAAUCAUCGCCUUUGCUGAGGCGGGUGACUCGGAGGGAGUAGUGAGCUUCGUCCUCUCUAAGGAAGGAGGAGACAUGUCUCUAGUGGAGCAGGCUAACGUGUGGCUCUUCCUUCGAUUGGCCAAAACCGACCGCAGCCGGGCCAAGGUCACCAUCCGCCUCUUCCAGCGCCGCCUCUCAAACAGACGGCCCUCUCCUCCACAGGAUGAUGUCCUGCUGGUGGAGAAGACGGUGGACACGCGACGCAGCGGCUGGCACACCUUUCCGGUUUCGACAGCGGUGCAGACGCUGCUGGAGAGGAAGAUGAGCUCAACGCUGAGCCUCCGGGUGUCCUGUCCCCUCUGCGCUGAUACCGGAGCCACGCUGGUUCUGGUGUCAGACAACCCAGAGAUGUCCCAGCGCAACAACCAGCGUGAACAGUCCCACCGACCUUUCCUCAUGGCCGUGGUCCGCCAGGGUGAAGGUUUGGACUCGCGGCGGCGCAGGAAGCGAGGGCUGGAGUGUGACGGGAAGGUCCGGGUCUGCUGCAAGAGACAGUUUUACGUCAACUUCAAGGACAUUGGCUGGAACGACUGGAUCAUCGCCCCGUCUGGUUAUCAUGCCAACUACUGUGAGGGUGACUGUCCCUCCCAUGUUGCGAGCAUCGCCGGGUCCACGUUGUCCUUCCACUCUACCGUCAUCAGCCACUACCGCAUGCGGGGCUACAGCCCCUUCCAGAACCUCAGGUCGUGUUGCGUGCCGACCCGGCUACGCGCCAUGUCCAUGCUCUACUACAACGAGGAGCAGAAGAUCAUCAAGAAGGACAUCCAGAACAUGAUUGUGGAGGACUGUGGCUGCUCAUAGACGCACACUGGAGUGGACCGGUUGGGGCACGAUGACCUUUGACCCCAGACAGGAAGGACGGGCCGGUGCUGGCUAUUCCUUGGGUCUCUGGACUGGUUGGGCUGGUUUGAUGGCACUUUCUGAAAAAAAGGAUAUCUAAUAUAUUUUUGUUACAGACGAAGAGAAGGAGUCUUAUUUAUGUGUGAGGCAUUCAAGGACCGCUCUGCGCGUCGGACGCUAGAGACACGAGCGACCUGAACGACUCAGACUGUCAGAACUAUGCAACUCGUUCUUCUUCUGCUGGUCCUGUUUGUUUAUGUUUAAACGUCGGAGGAAGAGACCAAGACACUUUUAUCUUUAUGUUGAUGUGAGUGAGCGAGUGAGUGAGUGAGUGAGUGGGUGAGUGGGUGAGUGAGCGAGUGAGUGAGUGAGUGGGUGAGUGAG